GGUUGUUUACUCUUCCUCAACUGUGAAGAGAGCCCAGGGUGACUGUUUUUCUCCUGGUUGCUGAGAGAGGAGAAAGAUUACCUGCUGCUAACAGCAGUCACAGCUGCUGACGUUUGUUUGAGGGUUUGUCUCAUCAGACAGUGCUCUGGAAGUGUGGACCCUUUUAUGAACGAAGAGAUGGAGACUCCGGGCAUUUGUUCAGGGACAGACUGGUUGGAGAUGGAGAGUCAGAAGAGAAUCCAAGCAGCCAGUCUUGGUGGUGCUGCAGUCUUAAGGGGCUGAUGGCUGAUGUUGCCCUUGGGCCCAGCCUCGUCCAAGACACCUUGGCACUGCCACCAUCCUGGCCAGGAUGGGCCUGCUGUUCCUUGUCUGGCUGUUGCCACUUUCCUGCGUCUUGGGACUGCCAUUCUACAACGGCUUCUACUAUUCCACUGGCCUGCAUAGCAGGGCCCUGGGCAAUGGCUACGGGGAAGGCCUAUUCAAUGGAGUGAAGUUGGUGGUGGAGACGACUGAGGAGUCUCUGUUCAGUCACCGGGGAGCCAGUGUGACCCUGCCCUGCCGCUACCACUAUGAGCCAGCCCUGGCUUCCCCGAGACGCGUGCGCGUUAAGUGGUGGAAGCUGUCCGAGAAUGGAUCCCCAGAACGGGAUGUGCUCGUGGCCAUCGGGCAGAGGCACCGCUCCUUCGGGGACUACCAAGGGCGAGCACACCUGCGGCAGCACAAACCGCAAGAGGUGUCGCUGGAGCUUAGGGACCUGAGGCUGGAGGACUCUGGGCGCUACCGCUGCGAGGUCAUUGACGGGCUGGAGGACGAGAGUGGCCUGGUAGAGCUGGAGCUUCGGGGCGUGGUUUUUCCAUACCAGCCCCGUGAAGGACGCUACCAGCUCAACUUCCACGAGGCCCAACAGGCCUGCCAGGAGCAGGACGCGGUGGUGGCUUCCUUUGAGCAGCUCUUCCGUGCCUGGGAGGAAGGCCUGGACUGGUGCAAUGCCGGCUGGCUGCAGGACGCCUCUGUGCAGUACCCAAUAACGCUGCCCCGGCAGCCCUGCGGAGGCCUGGGCCUGGCGCCUGGUGUUCGCAGCUUUGGCCAGCGCCACCACCGCCUGCACCGCUAUGACGUGUUCUGCUUCGCGGCUGCCCUCAAGGGGUGGGUGUACUACCUGGAGCACCCGGAGAAGCUGACCCUGCUGGAGGCCAAGGAGGCCUGUCUGGAAGACGGCGCACAGAUAUCUACGGUGGGCCAGCUCUUUGCUGCUUGGAAGUUCCGUGGCCUGGAUCGCUGUGAUGCUGGCUGGCUGGCCGACGGAAGUGCCCGCUACCCCAUAGUUCACCCCCGUCCCAACUGCGGGCCCCCUGAGUCUGGCGUACGGACAUUCGGUUUCCCAGACCCACGUACCCGCUAUGGCGCCUACUGUUACCGCCUGCUCUAGCAGGGUGGCCAGCUAGCUAGCUGUGCAUCCUCCUGCUCCCUGACUUCCUGGGUCAACUUCCUGACACAAGGGUCCACCUUGUCUCUUGUGGGUUGGGGCGUUGCUUGUGUUGUUUCUAUACGUCCUAACUUGAACAUUUUAAAAAGGUAUUAUUAUUAUUUUGUUUUAUAGACCCAACUCUCAGUUCUCUUGGCAUCCCUCUCUGGGGCGUUUGAGGUCCAUUGGGUUUUAAAAGGCUCUGUCGUGUUCCGGUACAGCUGGCAUCCCUAACCUAAGGAAACUGGUGCCACGCAUGAGCAGGGGCUGCAGCUAGCCCCCUCUCCUUGGCUUAGAGGAGGCAGAAGGAUGAGCGUUGACUCUUUUUUAAUUUCUGCACAGGGUCCUUAGACUUGUGGGUGAGGGCUUAAGGAAGUCCCGCAUCAUCUCCUGGUUCCUGAGUCGGAGUAUCCUUCCCAUGUUCCCUGCUCGGGAGUGACCCUCUGGGUGUGUGUACCUUCUAUGGCCAAUAAAUGGUGCUAUGAUUCCCUUCCUUCCCUU